UUGUAGCUCCGCCCAUCUCCUUAUGACCCUUACGCUGCCGAAUCGCCCGCGCAUGCGCCGUAUUGAUUUCUUUGGUUGCGGCCUAAUGGCUCCCCAUUGAAUCAUAGUAAAGGGAAGUGUAGUGAAGAUUUUGAUUAGCGUUGGGGGGUUACUAGUUUCGCGUGGGAAAUCGGAAUUUUAUCAUACGCCGGCUCAGUAAAGGUGAGCCAUGGAGGCGGAUUAUUAUAGCCCGGAACAUUCAGAUGAUGGUGGUGCAACCCCAGUGCAAGAUGAACGGGACUCUGCCUCCGAUGACGAGGGAAAUGAGCGUGAACAAAGAUCGGAACCAGGAAGCCCUGAGCGCCAGUCCGAGGAUGAGCAUAGUGAUAUUGAAGACAAUAAGCACAGAAGUGACAGUGGCUCUGACAAUGAGGAAGGGGCAGAACAUAAUGAUUCUGAAGAUGAGCACAGACCCCACAACUCCAGUGAUUUAGAAAAUCACGAUGCAAGUGAUUCAGAGAAUGAAGAAAGCCGCAACCACAUUGCUAGCGAUUCAGAAGAUGAUGUGCGUAGGCAGAAGGGCAGUGAUUCUGAGGGUUCUCCUGUGAAAGAUGCUGCCAGUGACUCAGACGAAGAACCUAUUAGACACUCUGCAAGUGAUUCUGAAGACGAUGGACCACGUAAAGAGCAGGCUAACGAUUCAGAGGAUGAACGGCACAAAAAAAAUACAGCUAGUGACUCUGAGGAUGAAGCUCCAGCUAAACAUCAAGGAAGUGACUCCGAGGAUGAAGCUCCAGCCAAGCAUGUAGCCAGUGACUCAGAGGAUGAAGCUCCAGCCAAGCGUGCAGCCAGUGACUCCGAGGAUGAAGCUCCAGCCAAGCGUGCAGCCAGUGACUCCGAGGAUGAAGCUCCAGCCAAGCGUGCAGCCAGUGACUCCGAGGAUGAAGCUCCAGCCAAGCGUGCAGCCAGUGACUCCGAGGAUGAAGCUCCAGCCAAGCGUGCAGCCAGUGACUCCGAGGAUGAAGCUCCACCUAAACGUGCAGCCAGUGACUCGGAGGAUGAAGCUCCACCUAAACGUGCAGCCAGUGACUCGGAGGAUGAAGCUCCACCUAAACGUGCAGCCAGUGACUCGGAGGACGAGGCUCCUGCUAAGCGUAAGGUUAGUAGCUCAGAAGAUGAAGCUCCAUCUAAGCAAGCAUUCAGUGCCUCCAAGAAAUCAUCCAAGAAAUCAUCUGGUGAUUCAGAAGAUAAAGCCCGUGGUAAACGAGCCAUUAUUGAUUCAGAUGAUGAGGAUGAGGAUGUUCCAGUUAAGCGUGCAGCUAGUGACUCUGAAGAAGAGACUCAUCCUAAAGGGAAAGCGAGUGAUUCGGAAGAUGAAGCUCCAUCAAAACAACAACCCAGUGACUCAGAAGAGGAGACACCAGCUAAGGCUGCAGCCAACAACUCAGAGGAUGAAUUUCCACGAAUGAAGAGAAAAAUUGUGUCAUCUGACGACAGCGAUGAUGAGAUUGACCGAAAACCUCUCCAGAAGAAAAAAAAGAAGUCACCACGGCGAAGCUCGGAAAGUGACAGCAGUGACAAAGUGGAUAGCAAAAAACGUAAGGCAUCAGAGAGUGAUGAGGAGGAAGAGAAAGCUUCAAAGAAGAAAUCCGCCAUCCUUUCUGAUAGUGAAGAUGAAGAUGCAGCCAAUAAGUCUGGCAAUAAAAAAAGUCGAAUCCUGUCCGAUGGAGAUGAUUCUGACAGUGAUGCGGGUUCUGAUAGACCAAAGCAGAAGAAGAAGUUGGCUUCAUCAGAUAGUGAGGAGGAAGAUGAACUAAAAUCUAAAACAGAGGCCAAAAAUGCAGAUAAAUUGUUUGGCAGUGAAAGUGAUUCUGGAAAUGAGGAAGAGAAUCUAAUUGCUGAUAUUUUUGGUGAGUCUGGGGAUGAAGAAGAGGAGGAGUUUACGGGCUUCAACCAAGAAGAUCUAGAGGGGGAGAAAACUGUGACUUCAGCUAACAAGCAGCAUGCUGCCGCUGCAGAUUCAGACUCUGAUGAUGAUGAUGUGAAACCUGGCAAAAUGGGUGAUUUUAAGUCAGAUUUUGAAAUCAUGUUAGAGAGAAAGAAGAGCAUGAGUGGCAAGCGGAGGAGAAACCGUGAUGGUGGCACAUUUAUCAGUGAUGCUGAUGAUGUAGUUAAUGCAAUGAUAAUGAAGAUGAAUGAAGCAGCAGAGGAGGACAGAAACCUAAACUCCAGUAAGAAACCUGCACUAAAGAAACUGACUUUGCUUCCAACUGUUGUGAUGCACCUCAAAAAGCAAGAUUUGAAGGAGACCUUUAUUGACAGUGGUGUCAUGUCUGCCAUUAAAGAAUGGCUCACUCCCCUCCCAGAUCGGAGUCUGCCAGCAUUAAAAAUUAGAGAGGAGCUUCUCAAAAUACUUCAAGAGCUACCUAGUGUGAGCCAGGAAACUUUAAAGCACAGUGGCAUUGGCAGAGCUGUCAUGUAUCUCUACAAGCACCCAAAAGAAUCAAGACCAAAUAAAGAUAUUGCUGGCAAGCUGAUAAAUGAAUGGUCCCGACCCAUAUUUGGGCUCACGUCUAACUAUAAGGGAAUGACCAGAGAGGAGAGAGAGCAGAGAGAUCUGGAACAAAUGCCACAGCGCCGAAGGAUGAGCAGUUCUGGGGGACAGACACCACGCCGGGAUCUGGAGAAAGUUUUGACAGGAGAAGAGAAAGCUCUGAGACCAGGUGACCCAGGAUUCUGUGCUCGUGCCAGAGUUCCUUUGCCUUCAAACAAAGAUUAUGUAGUUCGUCCGAAGUGGAACGUGGAAAUGGAAUCUGCUCGGUAUCAGGGGAGUUCUAAAAAGGGGGUGAGCCGACUGGACAAACAGAUGAGGAAGUUUGUAGACAUCAAGAAGAAGAAUCGAUUCGGUCAUGCCGUCAAAAUCAGCAUUGAGGGGAAUAAAAUGCCCUUGUGACACUUACUGCUGGUUGUCCCCCGCAUGGCCUCACAAGUGUGUCUUAGCUUCGGGGCUUAGUCCUGCUAAGAUCAUGUAACUGGACUCUUUGGAGACACUUCCCAACAUUUUUAAACUUCUUUUUCCCCCCCUCCCCUCCGUGUAAAUUUGUUAAAAGCCUUCCAGAGGAGCCAGCCGAUGCUGCUUCCCAGGUGGUUCCUUUCAGAAGACAAACUGUGCUCCUUAUUUCCAGGCUGUAUUUAAUGCUGUUUGUACAGAUCAAUUUUCUUCGUACCUCACUGUCUGGAAAUUGGACAAUAAAAUUCUAUCUUGUUUUCUAA